AAAAUAACAACAAAACUUCAUAACAUGCAUGUUUUGUAAUUUUUCACUUUCAAUCUUUCAUUAAAUUAAGCAACAAAAAUGCUUUUCCGCCAACUUUUCAACAUUUCAAAACAACUACCGACACUUGGUCGCUUUUCCGUCGUCACACGUACUUUUGCGACAGACAGCUCCGUCGUUACUCAAGAUUUCACAAAACAUGUCGAAGCCUCAAAAAAAGUCUUGAAAAACAUCGAGACCCUAACCGCCAAGGAAAACGAAGGUCGCUUAUUUGCCAUCGUACAUUUGCUUGGAAAACAAUUUAAAGUGACUGACGGCGACAUAAUUCUGCUGGAAGGUUAUUGGGCACCGAAUAUCGGGGACAAAAUUCGCAUCGAUAAAGUUUUGUUGGCGGGCGGCAAGGAUUUCACUCUUAUUGGAACACCUUUAGUAAAACCCGGGUUGGUUGAUGUACAGGCAACAGUUAUCGAGAAGACCUUAACUCACACAAAAACGAAUUUUAAGAAGAAAAAGACGCGACAAUACAUGAGAAUAAAUUUCGUGCGGAACCAAAAUACGAUGGUUCGGAUUAACUCGAUCACGCUAAAAGGUCAGAUGGCGGAUCUGGAGAAGGAAAGUCGGAUUGAGAGGGUGUUCUAAAAAAAAAAUCGGCGAUUAUUAAUUAGAUGCAAAAUAUAGAAAAAUAGUAAAAAAAAUGAUUUUUUUUAUUCAAUGGAAUGCUCGUGAAUGG